CUAGGAUACCGCAAAUCUCCCCUUGCCGCCUCGUGCAACCUCCAUGCCACUGGCGACCCUCCACCAUCACCAAACAUCCAAUAACAUAUGCUGGUGGCUCAAGAUAGAAACACUACCAUAUGCAAUUCCCUACCGUGCGAAUGACAACCAUCCUAUCCUGGUCCAGUCAUGCAGUCCGACUCAAAAUGUUAUAUAUGUCGGCGGCUGGUCUCUCAAACGGUCGGCGGGGGUCCUACAACCAGCUCUUCAUUAAUACAGCCUUCCAUCUCAACGCAUUGGGACUCUGGGUCAUUUGUUUCCUUUGUACACUUCCAUCGCUGUCAAAAGAUCUGCUGGCCAGACCGUACAAUCCUUUCGACCACUAAUCUUUUCAACCUCACAAGAUGAAAUACUUAAUACCACUCGCGUGUCUUGCGACUUCAAUACUGGCGGCACCUACACCCGCCGGUACAUACGAAUGGACGCCGACCCUGGCAGGGUACAUGGACGUUGUCUUCAGAUACAUUCAGGAAGCCAAAGCUACUGGAGGUGCACCGACAUGUGAUCUUUCCAACGCUGUUCUACCAGUCGCACCCGUACCGUUGCCGACACCAGGAGCCAACCUCACACUGGAGCAUGUUGCGCUAGGAAGAGGUGUACAGAACUACACUUGCGCCAACAGCACGGCCACUCCCGCCGCUGUCGGAGCCGUUGCACGAUUCUACAAUGCUUCAUGCGUGGCGUCCGACUACCCCGAUCUUCUCACUCUCUUGCCAAACCUGGCCUUGCAAUAUCCUUUGCCGAGCGCUACAGAUGCUCCUCUAGAGCCUUCAGACCUAACCCUAUCAACGCACCACUUCUUCUCCAACACCACGACACCAGUGUUUGCUUUUGAUGCGCCCACCUCACCAGAUCUAGGAAGAGUGUUCGCUCAAAAGAUCAACCAGACCGAUGCACCUGUAAACGCCGUCGCAGGUGUCAACGGCACUGGAAGUGGCGCUGUGCCCUGGCUGUACCUAACUUCGCGGUCAGACACUGUCGGCGACAUCAAGACUGUCUACCGUGUCGCUACUGCCGGUGGAAAUCCUCCCAAGACGUGCAGUGGCCAACCUGAGGCAUUCAGUGUGCAGUAUUCGGCGCUUUACUGGUUCUACAAAUGAGUACUUCUGGGGCGUGGUGUUUCAGAGGCGUUCCGCGUAUGGGUUGGGAGGCUUUCUGGCUACGAUUCUUGGUUUUCUUCGUGGCGGUUUAGAUCAAAACUGGCCGGUAUACGUAAUGGAUAUUGGUAGUACAUAGGUACAGACAAAUUCGACAUCUACGACAUUUCCAUCAGAGUGUCGAGUGGAAUACGCUCAAUUCUCAUUCUGCCUUAACCCUGCAGCUAUGCAUGUGCACUACCUACCACUCUGUAAUGCAGGUUGGGUACUAUGGGUAGAUUGGGCAGAAUAGUGUGGACGAGGCUGGCAAGAGUCAAGACAAGGCUGUGACAAUAAAGUUUUACCGAUAG